GCCUCCCUGGACACCUGGACGCGAGACCUUGAAUUCCACGCGGGGCAGGACAAAACGCCCAAAGAGCAAGAGAAAAGGGGGGACUUCCUUCCCCGGCCGUGUCCCCAGAAGCUGGAGAAGCACCUGCCGGCCCACAGGCAGCCCCCGGCCUCGCUCGUGACGCAGCUUCAGAGCACCAGGGCCCUGCUGCGCGACCGCAAGGCCACCAGGCCCGGCCUCGCCGACAGAGAUUCCUUCGGCUGCCGCAGUAUCUUCCGCAAAACCUCGGACCCCAGUUGUGUGGCUUCCUCCUCCAUGGAGUUCGUCCCCGGCCCCCCGCCCAGGACCCCCCGCAUUGUCAAGAAGCCGGAGCCCCCUCCGCAGGGCCCGGGGGGCAGCGGCCUCGCCCCCAGAGAGGAGCCGCUGGUGCUAGACAUGGUCCGCUCCUUCGAGUCUGUGGAGCGCGAGGACCCGCCGGACCUGCUGUCCCCGGCCCACCCCUGCAGGGCGCUGGGCUCCCCCGGGGGCUCGGCGCGCGGCACCCCCGGGGAGCGGGCGCUGUCCCCCUCCCUGCUGCCCCGAAGCCCGUCCCCUCUCCAGACUCCUUUGCAUCCCACCCUGGUCUCCUUUGCUCACGAAGAGAGCUGCCUCCCGAAAGAGGGGGGCGUGUGCUCCCCGCCUCCGGGUCCCGGUGCUGGGGCCCCGCAGCCCCUGGGGAGCCCCAACUGUGUGAAAAGCCGGGGCCGGUUCCCCAUGAUGGGCAUCGGGCAGAUGCUGAGGAAGCGGCACCAGAGCCUGCAGCCCCCCGCAGACAGGCCGCUGGAGGCCAGCCUGCCCCCCCUGCAGCCCACGGCGCCCGCCAGCCUCCCCUUCAGCAUGGCCGAGGCCGUCCAGGGACAGUGCUAGCCGGGCCGCAGCGGGACCGGCCACCCCAGGGAAGCGACGGUACGAGCCCACAGUCCUGCAGGCGAAGGUUCAGGAACUGCACGGCCCCGGCCUCCAGCCACACAGCUCCCUCCCGGGGGCAGCUGAGCCCCAGGCCCCACGCCCGCUCCACCCCGUCUGGCGUCAGGACCCGCAGAUGCUGGGAUUCCCUAGCAGGUGGGCUGGGGUGCAGCCAGUAAUGCUCAUUUCCUCGCCGCCCCCCUCAGUUGGGCCGGGGCGAACACCUGGAUCGGCCCCGGGAGCACCUGCACCGGCCCCGGGAGCACCCACAUCGAGUGCACACCUGGAUCGG